GGUCGAAUGGAGAGGCAGCGUAUCUUUAGAAGAUGACACCGAAACGUCGUUUUUUAAAUUAGUUUUUAGUUUUUAAAACAUGGAUUAGCGAACGUGUUGAGUUUGUGGCAGUGGCGCAAAAAAAAAAAAAACCUACACAGACGGAGGCACCUGAAGGCAACAUCUGCGCUACAGCCACUACAGCAACUGUCUGGUAAUGGUCGAGUGGGAGAGACGGAUGGUCAGAGCCGUCCACGUCUAACCGGACCAUGAACCCGCGUGCAUGACCAGGUUCAUGUCCGUGUCCACUGCCGCACCGGGUUAAGAGUUUGAUGCCAUUAGCUCGUGACGUUGUAAAAGAAUGGAGGACGAUUGGGUGUGUGAGUACGACUCGACCUGGGACACAGAGAGUGAUGGAGACGACUCGGCUGGAGAGAACCAAAGCCGACGGUCAAGUCAAGACAAAAACAAAUCUGGCUGGAGUUUAUGGCAUCCCACGCCCAGAAACGUCAGGGCAGCGAAGGACAUGCAGAACUACAGGAGAGGAUACCCGAAUCUCACAGAUGAGGAGUGCUCCGAGGACAAAAUGAACAACUUGCAGUUUUAUCUCAACAAGUUUCCCUCUGCACCCGACGACAUCUACAUCGAGUCGUUCCUGAAGGAAUGGAAAACCGACUACAAGAGACUGGAGAGAGUUCACUCGUACAUUCAGUGGCUGUUUCCGCUGCGAGAGCCGGGCGUUAAUUACAUGGCUUCAGAGCUCACCAAGAAGGAAAUUGAGGCCUUUAAGAACAACGAAGAUGCCAAACGGAGACUUGUGGAGUCUUACGAACUCAUGUUGGGCUUCUACGGCAUCCAGUUGGUCGACAGAAAAAACGGUGAAGUCAAACGGGCUGACAACUGGAAGGAGCGCUUUGGAAACCUGGAGCGAAACAUGCACAACAAUCUGCGCAUCACCCGCAUCCUGAAGUGUCUCGGGGAGCUGGGGUUCAAACACUACCAGGCGCCGCUGGUGCGCUUCUUUCUCGAAGAGACUCUGGUGAAGAAGACUCUGAGCAGCAUUAAACGCAGCGUGCUCGACUAUUUCCUGUUUGCCGUCAAGGACAAGCAGAAACGUCAGGAGCUGGUGCGUUUUGCGUACCAAAACUUUGAGCCAAAGGAUAAGUUCGUGUGGUGUCCCAGAAAGAUUCAGAAACAAUUCCGAAAGCUGGAGAAAGGCAGGUUAGACGCCAUCGGAAAUGGUGAUGCCAAGGAAGACGCGUUUGCGCGAGGGAAACGGAAAGACGAGGAAGAAGUUGUGCCGCAAAAAGAGGUGGAAUUAACAGACGACGUGACCGAGGCUCCAAAGGAAACGGAGAAAACGACAAGUAAAACUAUGGAAAACGGGAACGCCGAGGUGGAGCUUGAGAGUGAAAUGAUCGAAAAUGGAAACGAUUCUGCAGCCGACGAUGAAGAUGACGGUGAUGAUGAUGAUGAUGAUGAAGUGGAGAAGUCGCCCAUCCCUGAUACUAAGGCGCUAAUUCCAGAUCCAGAUGAUGAAGUUGACCAUAGAUUCUCCUCAAACUCGGAUGAUCCCGUGCCGAUGAUCCUGGACGACAGUAUCCAAACGGAUGGAGAUGCAGACGCGGAAAAACCACCCAAGAAGAAGAGAGAAGAUGACCAUGUCCUGCAGAGCAAUGGCUUCGCUGUAGAACCAGCGGACGGGCAGACGGAGGACCAAACGGGCGCUGCUCAAACCGACCAUCAGAUGAGUCCAUCAGGGCAAACAUCGGAGUGGGAGGAUUCCCAAAAUUCACCCGCUCUGCCUGAGGAAAAAAUCCCAAGAACUCGUUUCAGUCCAACACCAGACGAGACCGAAGAGGACGAAGCGAUGUCGCAGGAGAGUAUCCCAACAAGAAACGGGUCGUUGAUGAGUCCUGACAGAGCGAUGGAUGAGUAGAGCGACGGCGAGA